UCGCUCGAGUACGACCGCGUCGCCUGCAUGCUUGCACCUGCAACAGCCGCGGUUGCCCGACUCUACACUCGUCACUCGGAAGUGCACUCGAAACAGUGACCCGUUGCAGAAGUCAGUGUAUCAAUGUUACUCGGGGAUUAUUGCCUACUUUAGCGGUCGUGGUCGCCGGGCGCCGCUGGUGAUUUCGCGCCAUUUCGCCACAGUUCCAGUCAUUCGCUCGCCACAGUCGGCAGAGCGCGGCGGCCGACACUCGCACACUCGCACACAUCAAUAAAUACGAGUCUAUCCACUAACUUCACGUAACGUACGACAAUAUUGUACAACAACCCGCGGCUACAUCGACUCUAGUGACUGACUAACAUUCCUACGCCAUCUGUGAUAAUAAUGAACACUAGAUUAAUAUAAUUCCCAGUGUUGUGAUUACUGUAAGUAAAUAAUUUCAAAUGCGGCGGUCGAAAUAAAAUGUCUCGAGCGUCGGCGUUCAAAACAAUAUUUUAAUUCGGUGUAACGAGACUGAAACAUGACGAAGUAUAAGUUGAACAAUACCGUGCGCUCCGCGUCUGAAGUGACCCUCACGUCGUACAUGACGGGCAGCACGGACAGCACCAACAAGAAGGAGCCGGAGCUGGACACCAACCAGAAUGACAACAUGAGCUCCGAGUCCAACAGGAACCUGGAGGCCAACCGCUGCCACGUGUGCCCGCACUCGUGCGACUUCCUCAAGGAGUCGGACAAGCUGGCCGCGUCGCUGGCCAAGCAGGAGUGCGACAAGUUCGGGCUGAACGAGCUGAAGGUGGACGGGCUGGACAAGAACGUGUGUCUGUGCGAGAAGUACAACGGCGGCUGCAAGCUGUGCCCGCGGCCCAGCCUCGCGCCCACGCUCACGCUCAGCCUGGACGGCAAGGAGUCCUGCCUGGCCUGCCACCGCUCCACCUGCGCCACCAUCUACACAAACACAAACGGCACGUACAACGGCGAGCUACCACACAAGGAGUCGGGCGGCGGCGGGUGGCGGCGGGACGCGGCGCGGCGCGCGCGCGCCUGCUGCUCCACCAAGACGCUGCUGCGCCGCCUGCCCAUCCUGCAGUGGCUGCCCAAGUACACGCCCAGGAACGGCCUCGCUGACAUUAUCGCUGGUAUCACAGUAGGUCUGACGGUGAUCCCGCAGGCGAUAGCGUACGCGGGCGUGGCGGGGCUGCCGCCGCAGUACGGGCUGUACUCCUCGUUCAUGGCGUGCUUCGUGUACACGGUGUUCGGGUCGGUGAAGGACUCCGCCAUCGGGCCCACGGCCAUCGCCGCCAUAUUGACGAGGGAGAACCUGCACGGCCUGGGCCCGGAGUUCGCCGUGCUGCUCGCCUUCCUGUCUGGCUGUGUCGAGCUCCUCAUGGGGAUACUGCAGCUCGGUUUCCUAAUAGACUUCAUAAGCGGGCCGGUGUCGGUGGGGUUCACGUCGGCGGCCGCCAUCAUCAUCGCCACCACACAGGUCAAGGACAUCCUCGGCCUCAGCUUCCCCGGGGGCAAGUUCUUGCAGGUGUGGACGGGGCUGUACGAGCACAUCGGGGAGACGCGGCUGUGGGACUCCGUGCUCGGCAUCUCCUGCAUCAUCGUGCUGCUGCUGCUGCGGAAAGUGAAGGACAUAAAGGUGAAUCCUAAGCCGGACCCGGAGUGCGGCGACGCAGGCUCGGACACGUCGCAGUCGCGGGCGCGGCGCGCGGCGGCGCAUGCGCUGUGGUUCCUGUCCACCACGCGCAACAUUCUCGUCGUGCUCGUGUGCGCGGCGCUCGCGUACUACUUCGACACGCAGAGGAAGGCGCCCUUCGUGCUCACAGGCGAGGUGAAGCCCGGCCUGCCCGAGCUGUCGGCGCCUCCGUUCUCCGCGACGGUGGGCAACCACACCUACACCUUCUCAGAGAUGGCGUCCACGCUCGGCUCCGCCAUAUUCGUCGUGCCACUCUUGUCCAUCCUCGAGAAUAUUGCUCUCGCUAAAGUUUUCUCGGAGGGCAAGUACGUGGACGCGACGCAGGAGAUGGUGGCGCUGGGCGUGUGCAACAUGGUGUCGUCGCUGGUGCACUCCAUGCCGGUGUCGGGCGCGCUGUCCCGCGGCGCCGUCAACCACGCCAGCGGCGUCGCCACCACCGCCGGCGGCCUCUACACCGGCGCGCUCGUGCUACUCUCGCUGCAGUACUUCACGCCGUACUUCUACUACAUCCCCAAAGCGUCGCUGGCUGCCGUCAUCAUCGCUGCGGUCGUCUUUAUGAUGGAGCUACACGUCUUCAAACCUAUCUGGAGAACUAAAAAGUUGGACCUGAUCCCCGCGGUGGUGACGUUCGUGACGUGCCUCAUGCUGCGGCUGGAGCUGGGUAUCGUGAUCGGUAUCGCAGUGAACCUCGUAUUCCUGUUGUACGCGUCCGCGCGCCCUUCUGUCAAGGUCACCACGGCUGUGUCGAGUGACGGCGUGCCGCACCUGGUUGCGGUAGUGGACCGGUCGCUGUCGUUCCCGUCGGCGGAGUUCGUGCGGCGCGCGCUGCGCAAGGCGGCCGAGCGCCACCACACGCGCACUCCGCUCGUACUGGACGCUACACAUGUACAGGCUGCUGACUUCACCGCCGCCAAGGGCAUCAAGGCGCUGAUCGACGACUUCCACGCGCGCGGGCAGACGAUAAUAUUCUACAACGUGAAGCCGUCCAUCGCCGAGGUGUUCCGCGGCGUGCGGCCGCGCGAGUUCCUGCACUGCACGGGCCGCGCGCAGCUCGACGCCAUGCUGCGCCGCCACGACCCGCGCCAGAUCACGUAACGCUCAGCGAGCCGACAUCUCUCAGAUCUCCGCAGUACCUUGACACACGAGACAGUAUUUAUUAGCUAUACCUAUGUAUUUAUACUAGCCUAGUUAGUGUUAAGUAGCUUAAGUGUUGACAGUCUCAGCGGACGCAGUCAAAUAAACGUGUUGGUUAUUUUAA